UAUAAAUAUAACCUUAAUUCAGGCGCCUUUAUGCAAUUUCACUGUGUUCUUUGGUGCAAAUGGAGCGCGAAAAGAAAAAAAUGUGGUGUAGGAGGCAGUUAAUAGUGAAAGCCUUGGAAAUAAAAAAUGAGGAAGAGUAUAGGUUGAUGCUGGAAGGGGACGAGGACGCCCUCUAUCCUCCCUGGUUCUUCACGUGGGUGGAGGAGAACAAACUGGCGGCGUUCGCGUGGCCGCAAACAAGAGGCAAUUUGGAAUUUCUUUGGGAAGGAGGCAUAAGGCACAUAGUAACACUUUGCCCAGAGAAGGUACCGCCACUGGCAAAUUCAAAAUUUGAAUGGACUUUCAUUCCCGUCACGGAAUGUCAAGCGCCUUCGAUAGAAGAUAUUUUCAAGUUCAUCAGAGUGGUGCAAUGGUGUCGUAAAAAUAACAAGCCACUAGGAGUUCAUUGCCGAAUGGGACUGGGUAGGACCGGUGUCAUGGUGGCCGUCUACCUCAUGUAUUUUCACGGUCUGGAGGCCGAUCAGGCCUUAAAAAAUUUACGUUACCUUCGACCGGGUUCUGUGGAUUCACCGGAGCAGGAGGAUUGCGUACUCAACUACAGAGUUACAGCCAAGAUCGCGAACGCCGCCAGGAUUAAGAGGAUAACGAAAAGGCCGGACCAUUUUCUCGACAUUCUGAAAGGAUCGACACGAGACGGGGUUUGGGGAUUGCCCCGCAAAUGGCUCAAGUAGAUUUUUUGUUGAUAUCGUAAAUAUAAGUGUUUAGAUGAUAGUAUAUCGACGUUUAAGCUGCUUAGUUUCCAAGGGUGUUGAAUUUUCUCCAAGUACAUAAUGUAAUUUUAAAUGUAGAUAUUUUUUUUCAAU